AUGUUACUCGCUCUUAAAAGAGUGAACCAGUGCAUGAUGAGCUGUAUUAUCUAUAGUCAAACAGGUGGGCAUAUCAUCAAAAAUGUGACUCUGGAUUGCUGGAGAAAAGGCAACAAUCGGGAAGAACUACAACUCCAGAGUGAGGGAAUGGAGACUCAAAUCUUCGAAUACCUCUUCAAUGAUGAGAACAAUGGACUUUGGCACUCCAGUCUAAUAAAUCAGCAUCUGAUUGAUCAUUACAUUCCUUUCCUACCUCUGGAGCUGAAGCAUGUGCAUCAGUGUGUCAUGGCUGAGAUGGUUCAUCUGAACAUCAAACCAAACUAUGAUCUGGCAGAUAAAGUGGCCAGAGACAUGCCCUUCUUCCCUGAAGAAGAAAAAGUAUUUGCUCUUAAAGGCUGCAGGUCUGUCAGACAGAAGUUGGUACUCUAUUUGAAACUGGAGUAGA